AGCAGAGGACUGAUCAGAGCUGGAUUUUAAGAAUGUUAAUCUGGCCACGCUAUGGACCUGGAGAAGGAGCAAAUGAGGGACAAGGAGUAGUAAGGAGCCUAUUACAGAUUUACAGAUAAGAAGUAAUAAGUUUGUUCAGAUGGUGGCAAAAGACAGCAUGGAAAAGGCACCAUGGAGGGGAAAAAAAAGUGUGUCUUGGUGAUUAAAGGUCCUUGGAUGAAAGCGGGGGAGGAUAAGUCAAAGCCAUUACACCUGCCCAUGAGACUUUGAGAACAUUAUAAUGUCCCUUUGUGGCUCUUCUCACAAGGAGUUUUCUCAGAUGUUACCUAUUCAAGACAUGGAUAUCAAAAACUCACCAUCUAGCCUUAAUUCUCCUGAUUCCUACAACUGCAGUCAAUCUGUCCUUCCUCUGGAGCAUGGCCCCAUAUACAUACCUUCCUCUUAUGUAGAGAGCCACCAUGAAUAUUCAGCCAUGACAUUCUAUAACCCUGCUGUGAUGAAUUACAGUAUUCCCAGCAGUGCCAAUAACUCAGAAGGUGGGCCUGGUCGACAGACCACAAGCUCAAAUGUGUUGUGGCCAACUCCUGGGCACCUCUCUCCUUUAGCGCUCCAUUGCCAGUCGUCACUUCUGUAUGCAGAACCUCAAAAGAGUCCUUGGUGUGAAGCAAGAUCACUAGAACACACCGUACCUGUAAACAGAGAGACACCGAAAAGGAAGAUUAGUGGGAGCAGUUGUGCCAGCCCUGUUACUAGUCCAAGUUCAAAGAGGGAUGCCCACUUCUGUGCAGUCUGCAGUGACUACGCGUCAGGAUAUCACUAUGGCGUCUGGUCGUGUGAAGGAUGUAAAGCCUUUUUUAAAAGAAGCAUUCAAGGACAUAACGAUUAUAUUUGUCCAGCUACAAAUCAGUGUACAAUAGAUAAGAACCGGCGCAAAAGCUGCCAGGCCUGCCGACUUCGGAAGUGCUAUGAAGUCGGAAUGGUGAAGUGUGGCUCCAGGAGGGAAAGGUGUGGGUACCGCAUAGUAAGAAGGCAGAGGAAUUCUGACGAGCAGCUGCACUGCCUGAGCAAAGCCAAGAAAAACGGUGGGCAUGUGAGCCGAGUGAAGGAGCUUCUGCUGAGCGCCCUGGGCCCUGAGCAGCUGGUGCUCACGCUCCUGGAGGCGGAGCCGCCCAACGUGCUGGUGAGCCGCCCCAGCGCACCCUUCACCGAGUCCUCCAUGAUGAUGUCCCUGACCAAGCUGGCCGACAAGGAACUGGUGCACAUGAUCGGCUGGGCCAAGAAAAUUCCCGGCUUUGUGGAGCUCGGCCUGUAUGACCAAGUGCGGCUGUUGGAGAGCUGCUGGAUGGAGGUGCUGAUGGUGGGGCUGAUGUGGCGCUCCAUUGACCACCCUGGCAAGCUCAUCUUUGCUCCAGACCUUGUUCUGGACAGGCUUCUGCAGAGAGAAAACUUGAACCUUCUGAGGAUGAGAGGAAAAUCCGGUUAUCUCACCUUAUUUCUAACAAGGGAUGAAGGGAAAUGCGUGGAAGGAAUUCUGGAAAUCUUCGACAUGCUCCUGGCAACGACUUCAAGGUUUCGUGAGUUAAAACUCCAACACAAAGAGUAUCUCUGUGUCAAGGCCAUGAUCCUCCUGAACUCCAGUAUGUACCCUCUAGCUGCACCAGCCCAGGAGGCUGAGAGCAGUCGGAAGCUGACUCACUUGCUGAAUGCCGUGAUCGAUGCUCUGGUCUGGGUGAUCGCCAAGAGUGGCAUCCCCUCCCAGCAGCAGUCUGUCCGCCUGGCUAACCUCCUGAUGCUCCUUUCGCAUGUCAGGCACACCAGUAACAAGGGCAUGGAACACCUGCUCAGCAUGAAGUGCAAAAACAUGGUCCCAGUCUACGACCUCCUGCUGGAGAUGCUGAAUGCCCACACACUUCGAGGACACAAGUCUUCAGUCACAGGGUCCAAGUACAGCCCAGCAGAGAAGAGUAAGAGCAAAGAGGGCUCCCAGAACUCUCGGCUCAGUGAUGCCCAGCCCUGAGGUAAACAGGCUGUAGAGAUCAGCGGCUGAUACGUGAACUCCCUGGCGAAUCGUGAGCCCCACCGGGAGUGGGCGAGCUUUAUCCUCUUUCUGUGUGGACCCUCCUUUGCUUAUUGUAGGUGCAGCCAUGUAGCAUCCUUCCCUGACCACUUCCCAGGAGUCGGGGUGAGAAAGCUGGUUUUCCUUGUUACUUGGGGGCGCAUUAGGACGGUUUGUCUUGCUG